GUUAGUAAAAUCCACAAUUUGUUUUCAGAUACUCUUUUCAUAUCAAAAAUGAAUACUGAAAUGGAACAGGAGGAAAGCCGUCUUCUAGAACUUUCGAGUUCUUUAAUGAUAGAGAGAAGAGAUGAGGAUCUGAGAAAGCUGGUUCCCGAAGCGAGGAAGAUCGCUAGCUCCUUGAGCAGGAUCAAGGGGGCCAAGCUCAUCAAAGCUUUGGUUGAAAACUAUCUUUUGAUCGAUUCUCGUUCAGACUUUGCUGUUGGUAUUCUGGUAGAUUGUAUACAGUGGGCUACAGAAGAGGAGAGGACAUUUCUCAGAAAAUCGUUGGAGGUAAGACUGAUGCUGCUGUACUAUGAGAGGAAAGAGUACACAGAAGCUUUAAAUCUGGGCGCAAAUUUGAUUAUACAGCUGAAGAAAAUUAAUGACAGUGAACUCCUAGUUCGUGUUUACCUACUGGAGAGUAAAUGCUACCUAGGACUGGAUAACCUGGAGAAAUCUAGAACAGCUCUGAACCUUGCCAAGGUUACAGCUUACUCAAUAUACAUACCUCCUACAGAACAGGCUGAGAUAGAUAUGCAUAGCGGUAUUCUAAGCACAGUUGACUCCAAAGAUUUUAAAACUGCAUUCUCAUACUUCUAUGAAGCAUUUGAUAUUUAUGAUAAUCUUGGAGAUAUGACUGCUGAACGUGCUCUCAAGUAUAUGCUACUCUGUAAAAUCAUGCUGAAGCAGAACCAGGAUAUACCCAGGUUGAUGUCAGGAGAGGUUGAGUUGAACUACAAUGGACCUGAAACUGCUUGUAUGAUAGAUAUAUCUAAAGCUAUAACCUCUAGUUCUCUAAACCAGUUUAUGAAAACUGUAUCCGAGUACUCUGAAGUACUGGAGCAGGAUCCAGUAGUUCUCCUCCACUUGGAGAAACUGCAGGAGAACAUGAUGGAGCAGAACCUUAUCAAGAUACUCAAACCCUACUCCCGGGUUCAAGUUCAGUAUGUUGCAGAUAAAAUAGAUCUUCCAGUUCUCCAGGUUGAGAGAAGGUUGAGUAAGAUGAUCUUGGAUAAGAAACUGUCCGGAAUCCUUGAUCAAGAGAACGGAGUAAUCAUCCUGUUCUCCAGGUCUACCUGGAGUAGGACGGAUACACUCUGGGAGCUAGGGAACCAGAUACUGGAGCAGUUGCAUCCUAUACUUAACAAGCAGACUCAUAUUCUUAAUAAUAUCUAGAUACAAUAUAUACCUUGUAGAAUAUAUUAGAAAUAAAUCAGAAUAUAUGCGUA